UAUCUCCCACCACUACCAUCAGCACUAAUUACACGCCUCCUCCUCCUCUUCCUCCUCCUCCCACAUCAGUUCCUUCACCUCCACCACCACCACCAUCUGCUUUCCUUGUCUCAUUUCAUCACUUUCCUCUAUGUCGUCGGCAAAUAUGAAGUAUUCGAAUAAAAUUAAGAUGGAAGCAGACCCUGUGAAAUCAGAAGUUGAUUUUUCAGAAUACAUGUGGAUGGGAGAGGAAGGUGUAGAGAAUUUUGAUCGGCAGGUUGAGAAAGAAAUCCUUGAAGAAAUCUUGAAGGAAGGGCACUGGUGGCUCUUCUCAGCAGGGUCUCAGCUAAAAUCUGAAUUGAAUGCAGAUCAGCUACCUUCUCUACCCAUCACAGAAGAGCAGUUGGAAUGGAAUCGCCUGCAAGAAGCCUACGAAGAAAUGUUAAAUGAGAAGCAACAAUCCAGUUUAUUAUCAAACAGUUGUCUAACGGAAAGAUUCAAUGACAUUCAUUUAUCGACUCCACUCACAAAAGAACAGAUUGCAAAUAGUCGGCUAAAUCCAAAUGCUCCAGAGUUUAUUCCUUCCACUGGCUUUUAGCAUAAGCUGAUGUCCGUUUAACCUGUUCUCCAUAUUACUUUUGGCAGCUUUGAUACUUGGGGUUGAAGUUUGGAUGAUUUAACAAAUAUGGUCUGAAAGAGAAAGAAGAAAACCCCUAAAACAGUGAACUGUAUUCGGUUAAUUUUGUUUCCAGUAAGAAAAAGGCAAUUUGUUGGAAUUGAUUUACAAUUACAAAAAGAAUAAAUUAAGGUGGGGAGGGGUUGUAGUCUUGGGGUAGAUUUUAGACAUCAAUGGAAUAAUCCAGUUUUAACCCUACCACUUCAUAUCAAUAUAUUGAAUUUAUUUUGCAAUUGAUGAAGACUUGAGAAAACUUGUUAGUCCCUUUAUUUUCAUUCUUUGUUUUUUUUAACUGUUUUAGUAAAAUAGUCUUUGAAUUACACACACAAACACACACUCACACACAUUCAAAAUAGAAGCAAGGUAAGAAAAGAGGAUAAUGUUUCCAAAAUUGGUAUAUAUUCUUGUUUCCAGUUUUCCACUUCCUCCAUUUUUGGAAUAAAGAUUCCUUAACUUUACAUUGUAUACACAGAGUAGAAAGUUACAUCUGUGUAUGUAUGUGUAUAUAUAUAUAUAUAUAUAUAUAUAUAUAUAUAUAUAUAUGUUUCACUCUCUAUUUAAUCACUGCCAUUUGUUCAUUUCUGUAGAUAUAAUCAAAAGUUCUCGUUAAGAAGAAAAUUUAUAAAUCUAAUCUUUCUUUAAUAUCUUGUUAGAAACUAUUUUUUUCUGAGAAAAUGAAAAAGCAACUCUUGACUUACCAUUUUUUUCAUUUUAUUUUAGUUCUUAUAUUCUGUUCUCUCGCUCUCUCGCACACACAGUACUGCACAGGUAUACACGGCAUAUUGUGGCUGCAGAAAGAAGCUGAUCUUCACAUUAUAAGUUACUUUGCAUUUCAUUUUAUAAAAACAGGAGAAUAUGAAAUAAAUAUAGUAUAAAAGUGUUGUGUAAGUAUGUGGGUGGAAUAUUUAGUAUGCUGAACCUUUUAUAAGAUUAACUCCACCAUUAUUUUAUAAAUUAUAUGCCGUUUGUUUAAAUUUAGUUUGUAAAAAUUGUGCCUAAAAAUGUAAACCAAUAAAGUAACAUGUUCUGGAUAUUUAUGUCCCAAGCAUGUCAUUUGAUUCAAAUUGCAGAUAUUCUAAUAUUCUUAUAAAGAAUAAAAGCUUUUUUUUUUAUGGAUCUCCUUGAUCUUUUGUUUUGGCAGGAUGGUUGCUAAUGUUUUGACCAAUUUAAAAUUAAAUAAUUCCACAUCAUUUUUACAUCACUUCGGUUCUCAUAUUAAUUGUAGCAAACCUAAUAAAGUUUAUUUUUUUCUUUGGUUUUUAUCCUGAAGCCUAAAAAUUGUUUUUAACUUUAAAUUUAGCAUUUAUCAAAGUAUUUUGUUUGCUUUUUUUCCCUAUUUCUUUUCAUAUUUUCAAAUAUGAUAACUUUCUGGGUCAUUUUUAAAAUGUUUCAUAUUAGAAGUUGGUGAUAAUUUUUCAGAAAUGGUGGUCGAACGGCAAGAUACCUGUUCCUGGUUUACAUUUAGUGUCUUGCUUCAGCUCUGUAUGUGUCAAGUUCAAUUCCUGCCAGUUAACUUUAUCUUUCCUCCCUCCAUGUUUUCAUAAAUAACAAUCAGUAAUACACUUGGGAUGAUUCACUCAAAUCUUUACUUAUGAAACCUGGCUCAGGAUCUCAAAAGAAACUAUUAAGAUUGCCAGAGAAAACUCCACUUAGUUCUUAAAUAGUUGUAUUGAAUUCAAGUAAUUUUUCAAUGGAGCAAGCAAUACAUUCCAUUUUGAUUAAAAUUUUCUAUUUUCUUUGAUGUUAGGAAGGGCAUCCAGUUGUAGAAACUCUGCCAAAUCAGAUUGGAGCCUGGUGCAGCCUUCUGGUUCGCCAGCCCUCAGUCAAACCGUCCAACCCAUGCCAGCAUGGAAAGCGGACGUUAAACGAUGAUGUUGAUGUUUCCACUUUCAUAUUAUCUCAGAUUUUAACUUCUAAAACGACCAACUAUAAUGUAGUAAAAUACCUUUUUUUUUAUAAAUUUCAGAUUAGACUGUCGAUAUGUUUCAUAAGAUUUUUUUUUUUUUUUGUGUGUGAACUAUAAUUUACAUUAAAACAAAAAUUCCUGCUACUAUUAAUUAAUAAUGAUAUUGUGUAAACAAAUUCAAUGAUUAAUGUGCAAUAAUGGGAAAUGGUUGUACAUGUAAGACCAGAUUGUAAUACAGAUUUUAGUUUGCAUGCUUUCUUAUGAAAUAUACUGGCUGUCUUUUAGUUAUUUGAAAAUAAGUUGGAAGCAUUUAGUAUAAUAACUAAUUCUAUUCAGCCUUGCCUUUCAUCCUGCCAGAGUCAAUAGAGGACCAGUCAAAUGCUGGAGUUGUCCAACUUAAGCCCUUCCUCCAAAUUUCUGACCUCCUCCCUAAAUUAGAAACAUUAUAUGCAACAUGAGGGGCUUCAUACAUGGCAUUGGAUGGAAAGGGUUUGAGUUAGAUUUUCUCAUUUCAAAAUGGAUAGUUUUGAACCAAAGAAUUGGAUGUCGUCUCAGUUGUGUUAGUGUUUAUGAGGAGUCACUUUAAGGGACCAGUACUCAAAAGUUAGGGGAUUGUGAAAAUAAAAACUAAUUUCAAGUUCUUGUCUUCCUUUUUAUAACAGAUUAUUCAUCUAAAUUUUUCUUAAAAAUAUCAAAUUUAAUUAGUGGAAUGUUUUUUCCCCCUUUCUCUCAGCUCUCACCUUAUUCUGCUCUACUUCAAAAUGUAAACCUAGAUUUUCUUUUUCCUGUUUCAUAAGAAAGAAAUUGUUUUUGUCCAUUUGCAGAAUUGUCCAGUUUUCUGUCCUCAUAAAAUGUUCAGCUCCCCAUCUUUUUUUUUCUUUUUUUCUACUUUAGUCCUUAUUUUAAAAGAUAUUUAGAAAAUUUUGUAAUUUGACUUUAGGUUGGGUUUAUUUUUUCAUCUCAUUGAUAUUGAUCUCAAUCACAAAUAUUUUCAAAACCACUGCCAAAUACACUGUUUAUGUUAUUAGGAAUUGUGUUGAUCUCAAAUCUUCUUGCAUUUAACUGUUGUUUCCUUGAGCAGUUUCGAACAUCUUGUUGCAAAUAAAUGCUCUCUGCUGUAGGAUUUUGAUUCCAAUGCAGAGUCGCUGCACUUAAAAUACCUUUAGAAAAGGUAUGAACUCCACAACAUAUAUCUAUUCACAAUUUUAACUUAGUUUGUGAAAAGACUAAAACAUCAAAUGAGAGAAGUUUAAGUAUUCUGUUGAUGAUGCCAGUUUGAAUCUAGGAGAGACUUUUCAGACCGAUUUAUAUUUUGAAAAAAAUAUUUGUGUAGCAGCUAAAGGUAAUUUACUGGUCUUCCUUCAUUUAUUUUUAAAUUUAAUAAAUUUUGUUAAUUUGGUUUAUAACAAGGUGCAGUGAACAAACAGAAAUAGUAGCGCUAGUUUCUGUAAACUUAGAUCUUAAAGAGUGGGACUGAAGUCUAUCUCCCUGUAAUAUUGGUGGGGAUUCAGCUUAUUUUAUCCUCUUUAACAAAACAAACAAACAAGGUCUUAUGCCUAAUCCAAAAAGUAAUCAAUAUUGAUCAGGACAGGUGAAUGCCUGAAAGAAUGAACAAAGCUGUUGGCAAGUUGAGAAUCAUUUUGAUGCUUGAAACGAAUUGACUCAAAUGACUUUUUCAUUUUUGAGAAACUCCACACAGUACCAUUUCCAUACUUUAAUGUGUAGACUUGUGCCUAAAAAAAUAAUAAAUAUAUUAACUGGCAAUAAUUUUUUUUUAAUACCAAAGUUAUUCUAAAUACAGGAAUCAUUAGUUGAGAAUGGUUAUUAUAAAAUCUCCAACUAUCUGAACUCGAAGUUUAUCUCAGUAAUAUACUAACUCUUCAAAUAUGAAGAAUUAAUGGACUUUUCUCUUCCUUUUAAAGCUAAUGUCUUAAAAAAGAUAUUUACUGUGUUCCAGAAAAUGUCUGCAAUAUUUUCUCUCUCUCUUUUUACCUCUUUAACUAAUGUAAUUUGGUAGAAAUGAUGGUUUAAUAUUUCAUGUAAUUUAUUUGUUAAUAAACAUGUCUCAUAAAU